CACCUCCGGCCCUGUCCGACGGGCGACGCUGCUGAGCCAGGCAUGCCCGAGGCCGACGAGGCCGAGCCUGAUGCUGCGUGCCCCGCCGCAGCCGCCGUCUUGACGUGGAACGUGCAGCUGGCCGGCCCGCCGCCGCCGGUGCCGCUGAGCCCGGGCUCAGCCACGACCUGAGCCGGCACGCCGAGGGCGCCCAGUGCGCCGCGGAUGAAGCCGAGCGGCAGCGAGAGAUACUGCAGCUGAUGUCAGUGCUGAGCAUGUGCGCCGGCGGCAGAACACUCACCUCCUGCGCCGCCUUGGCGUUCUCUCCUGGGCCGCCAGGCACCGAGAGCGUCCGCAGCGGCUGGAAUGAGGUAUCUUGCAGCACGUACACGCCCUGAGAGAGGUUCAUGCGGUCAGCGCAGCCUCCCCGCAGCCACUGUAAGCGCCACGUACGCGGUGAUUUGUGCGCAGGUGAUCCACCUGCUUGCCGAACGCCAGCAGCCAGACGUCCUUGCACAGCAGCUUCAGCACCUCGAGCGUGGUGCCGGGCGGUGGCAGUGUCGCUGCCCGCGCUCGCAAGAGGCUGCGGACGAGAUGUCAGCACAAACGAAGGAACAGCAAGGUGGGCGCGAGAUUCAUUCGCUUCUCGACACCGUCUUGCUGAGGCUGCACGAUUCCUUGCCCUCAUCGCCGUCGCUCUAUGCCAUCACCACGAUUCACUGCACGCCAGCGUCGGCACCUCUCGUCCUUCGCUACUCACCUGCGCACCACGCCCUCUCCCACGCGUGCACCCAGCGCCUGCAGCUUGCGCUCCGUCUCCUCCUUCUCCCUCUCCGGCUCAUCAGCUCCCGGCUCAUCGAGCGCUCCCGGCAGCGCCAGCCCGGCAGCCCUCACGUCGCGCUCGGCGGCGCGCCGCGAUGCCCGCGCGGCCCGUGUCGAGGCGAGCAGCGUCUGUGGCAGCGCGGCGGAAAGGAGCAUGAGUGGCAGCGCAUCGAGCGUGGCGCUGCUACUGCUGCCGGCUUGUUGAAGCGACAUGGUGGGCGAGGUGUGGUAGGAGAGGUGUUGGAGGGAGAGGUAAGGCGCGGCGGGGCGCAUCCACGGCGCCGCGGAUAGCUCGAGGCUGGGCCGUGCGCCCCUGGCACGUGAUCCGGCGCGCCGUUCCCACGCCUGUGACUCCGCCCUGACCCUUCUCGAUGACCUCCAGCGCCGCGGCGCCUACUUCGUGCAUUGUAAGCCGCCGCUUUGCAGAGCAGAAUCUAUGCUAGGCCGCACGAAGUCGAGAAAGUCCCCCCAAUGGCGCUCCCGCUGCAGGAGGGCAG